AUGAUGUUCUAAAAUAUAGAGAUCAAGUCAGUAUAGAUUAGGAACUUUGAUGAUGCUCCCAGAAAGAGCGGACGAGGUAGUUAGAGAGGCAGUAGAUAUACAAGAGAUAAUACAAAGUCACCCUUUAAUUUGAGAUCGCAUCUAGAAUGCAAUGAUUCAGUUACUCUUAGAAACAAAAAUAAAGAAGAAUCGAAGGAGCUUUUUGAAGUGAAAUAUGACAAGCUCCAUGAAGUACUUGGCUUUGUCUAGAUUGAAUUUCUCAAAUUGUCAGCAUUCAAGGUAAAGAAGCUGCCACCAGAAGAUUUUAAGAUAACUAUAGAAGGCCUGGAAAUUUAUCUAAGGCAAUAGCUGAACAAGGACAUUAUAUUUGAAAAUCAUGAUAUCUUAGAGAGGGAGCUGUAGAAGUUUAGAGUCCUUGGACCACAUCAAUACUCCAAUAUGUAUGAGUAUAGACUCCUCGAUGAAAACUAAUUAACUAAUUAGAUUAACAGGAGAAGGAAGCAUUUCAUUGUUGGCAGAUCAGAUUUUUCAAACGGCUCCUACAUGUUAAGAAUUUUUACAAAAAAUACCAUCCUCUCAAAUUUGAAAGAAUGCAUAGACAGAUAUUUCAGACGUUAUCCAGUUUGCAACUACCAAGUGACGACAUCUUCUGUCUAUUACUAUGGUCAGAAAUAUCAUGCAGUAGAAAGUAAAACUGAGUACAAAUCAUUUCUGGAUAAAAGUAGGCAAAGGCGACCUCUCUCGCACAGAGGCAGUGAUAGGACUAUGAAAUCCUACAGAACAGAAGUUCAUUCCUAUGGAAGAGAGAGAAUUAACAGAGGAUUUUCUGAUUCAAAAAGAAAUGACUAAAGGAGUAACCAUUCUUCCAAAAAUGUGAGAUACUCAGACUACAAAAGUAGAAAUAGUAAAAUAUCAAAGAGAAAAGGACUUGAAGGUAGUCUCAAUUCGUCCCAUUGCUACGACAUUUCCUCAGAGUCUUCCAAGAAUAAACAUUCUAAUGGAUUUAAAUCUUAAAAAUCAGAUAAAUUAAUGAAGCCUGAUAACUCACCUACCACUCAAAAAUCAAUCCCCAAAAUGGAGGAGAGAAUUUUGACUUAGAGAAAUAGCCAAGGCUAAAGAAUGAGUAUGAACAUUACAUCUGGCAAAAGAACCAAUAAUCUCAGAAGACUUAUUGAGCAGUCAAUUGUUGAGGAAGAAUAAUGUGAAAUCUACUCUCAAAUGAUAUUCCCUGAGUCUUAAUCCAAGAGAAGAUUUCAAAAGAAAGUUGUAAGCUUUCUUGACAGGGUUCCCAAUGAUGACCAGUAAUCAAUUAGAGAGAAGGAAAAUCAUUACUCUGGUAGUCAGUCAUUCAUGAAUCCAUCUUAAUGUGAUAUUUAGUCGAACAAGAGCAGGCAAAGCAAGAACAGUGGCAGAGGAAUUUUAAGACUGCCUAGAGAUUUCGCCUCUCAGUAUGAAAAGUUUGACAGGUCCCCUGAUUCUUAGAUCAUCAAGAGAUAAAAAUAGAUAGAAGUCUAUGACAACUAUUCUCCUAGAAGAGAUUGCAAAACUAUUUUUGAUCAUCUUGAUAAUUAGUGGGAGAGAUAAAAAUGA